CAUAUUUGACAUAUCGAUUUUGAAAUAUUGGAAAUGUUAUCGGGAAUUUAAGUUCGUAUAAUAUUAAUAAAAAUGCGAUUACUUAAAUUAUCAUCAGCUUACAAUUUACAACAUGUUAGACAUAUAAAAUUGUAUGCACCAUCAUGUGGCCACCGUUGGUAUCCUGACUUGAAAUACUUGAAUGAAAUAUCAGGGCCAACAAUAUUUAGAAACGAAGCCUCGGACAAAUACUAUAAUGUGAUUUACAAUUCACUUGUACGACCAGUAGAGAGAAAGCUUCAAAAUAUGUUUAUCAAUUUUGGCCCGCAGCAUCCCGCUGCUCACGGAGUGUUACGCCUCAUUUUGGAGUUGGACGGUGAAACUGUUGUACGUGCAGACCCUCACAUUGGUUUCUUGCAUCGAGCUACAGAAAAAUUAAUGGAAAACAAACAUUACAAUCAAAGCGUACCCUUCAUGGAUCGCUUAGAUUAUGUAUCCACAAUGGCGAAUGAGCAGGGAUUCGUUCUAGCAGUCGAAAAGUUACUAAAUAUUGAAGUACCUCCGAGAGCAAAAGCUAUUCGGGUUAUGUGCGCCGAAUUAUCACGAAUAUCAAAUCAUUUGUUGAACAUAUCGGGUACGGUACUAGAUGCUGGAGGUAUAACCCCGUUUUUUUGGAUGUGUGAGGAACGAGAAAAAAUUUACGAAUUAUUCGAACGCGUUUGCGGUGCUCGCGUGCAUAAUGCUUAUUUAAAACCAGGAGGAGUUACAAUGGAUAUACCUGUAGGCUUUUUAGAUGACAUCUAUGAGUUCUGCAGCAAACUCGGGGAACGAUGCGACGAAACUGAGGAUCUCGUUACUGGCAACAGGUUGUACUAUGCCCGGACUGCUGGAAUAGGAACAGUGAGUGCCCAUGAUGCAAUCAAUUUAGGCUUUACGGGACCAAUGUUACGUAGUACUGGAGUGAAAUGGGAUUUACGAAUUGCUUUCCCUUACGAUGGAUAUGAUCUAUACGAUUUUGAUGUACCCGUUGGUACCUUUGGAGACAGCUACGAUAGACACCUUCUGAGAUUAUUUGAAAUGCGUGAGUCACUGAGAAUAAUAAACCAAGUCAUCGAUACUAUUCCAGAAGGGGAAGUAAGAACCGACGACUCAAAAAUAUCACUUCCUCUGAGGCAAGAAAUGAAAACAUCGAUGGAAGCACUGAUACAUCACUUCAAGCUGUGCACUGAGGGAUAUGUAGUUCCUCCAGGGGCUACUUACACGUCCGUUGAAUGUCCUAAAGGGGAAUUAGGUAUAUACAUGGUGUCUGACGGCACAUCGAAGCCGUAUCGUGUUCAUUUGCGACCAUGUUCUUAUAAUCACUUGGCAGGUUUGACUAUAUUGGGUAAGAAGAUGAUGCUUGCUGAUAUAGCUAUUAUUAUUGCUACUAUAGAUGUAGUCUUUGGUGAUGUAGAUCGUUAAGCAAUGCACCUCAACAACAACUACAGGUUCGUCGCUGAAAUACGGAAUAUUUACAGUAAUUUUUAAAUGUUCCUUGUGAUUCUUAUAUUAUAGUACAAAACUACAAAGAUAA